CUGCUGUGAGCCAGUAGCGACUCCACAGUGACACCGUCACAGGGCAGAGUAACAGGACAAAUCGGUUCUCCCUAUAGACCGCACUAACCAACCAGCGAACCAAAACAGUUUCUUAUACCGGUCCAACCAGACUUCACGAGAAGUCACCCACACGAAGUCUGAUUAUAGUAGCCCACCCAACCAGAGAGCUGAUCAAACUUGGCAACCUGCUGUUUUUUUGUUUGUUGUUACAGGCAGCAGGAGAGACAGUGCUCCUUGCUAGGCGACGGGUCUAAUCAUUAACCUCGGUUAGUUUCCCCCUCAUCGGAGGAGCCUCUUGGAUGGAUAUAUCAUGGCUACGUUUGUCUGCAGGGUCCAGUUUUUAGACGAUACCGAUCCAUUCAACAGCACCAAUUUCCCGGAGCCGACCCGAGCACCGCACUACACGUUCCGAGAAGAUAUCCCUCUUAUCAAUCAGAUAGCAGGAGUCCACCGGCUACUUAGAGCCCCGCAUAAGCUUGAUGACUGUGCGUUGCAGCUGUCCCAUAAUGGAACCUACUUGGACCUGGAGUCUUCUCUGUCUGAACAGAGGGACGAGCUGGAGGGAUUCCAGGAGGACAUAGCAGGGACCAGAGGGAAGAAGCAUAGUGUUGUCUUACGUACCCAGCUGACUGUUCGAGUACAUGCUUGUAUCGAAAAACUCUACAACUCCAAUGGACGUGACUUGAGGAGGGCUCUCUUCUCUCUCAAGCAGAUUUUUCAGGAUGAUAAGGAUCUGGUCCAUGAGUUUGUGAUGGCAGAGGGUCUGACCUGUCUCAUCAAGGUUGGAGCAGAGGCCGACCAGAACUACCAGAAUUACAUCCUUAGAGCUCUGGGACAGAUCAUGCUGUAUGUGGAUGGGAUGAACGGAGUCAUCUGUCACAUUGAGACCGUCCAGUGGCUCUACGCUCUCAUUGGCUCAAAGUUCCGCCUGGUGGUGAAGACUGCUCUGAAGUUGUUGCUGGUGUUUGUGGAAUACUCAGAGUCCAACGCCUCUCUACUUAUAGAGGCCGUCACUACUGUAGACACCAAGAGAGGUUGUAAGCAGUGGUCUAAUGCCAUGGAGAUCUUAGAUGAGAAGGAUGGAGUGGACACAGAGCUGCUGGUCUACGGUAUGACCCUCAUCAACAAGACCCUGUCAGCGUUACCUGACCAGGACUCCUUCUAUGACAUGGUGGAUGGGUUGGAGGACCAGAGGAUGGAGGCUGUAGCUAAGAGGUUCCUGGGGAGGAGAGGAACUGACCUGGACCUGAUGGAGCAACUCAAUAUCUACGAGGCGACUCUACGUCAUGAGGAUGGCGAUGAUGAAUCUAAUCCGCCCACAGGGCUCUCUGGCCUCAAGGACCGCCGCCGCGCCAGCUUCGGGGACAAGAGGAGGGGCCUGGAGAGGAGGCGGAGCCGCAGAGCAUCUCUAGGGCGGUCUGGGAACGCCUCGCCCUGCAGCCCGUCCACUCAACACUCCGGGUUCCAACCCUUCAAGGGACAAGGAGGAGAAGACAUGAGCAAGAGAACCGGAGUUCAAAGUCCUGUCACACCAGCAAAUAAGUCUUCUCUGGGUGGUCUCCUCUCCUCCUCCUACAGACAGCAUCAGGAGUCCCUGUCGGCAGAGAGAGAGAGACGUCGUGCAGAGAGAGAGGAAAGACUACAGAGGAUAGAGAGAGAGGAGAGGAACAAACACAGUCGAGACUAUGUGGACAAAAUGGAAGAGGCCAGGAUGGCACGGGAUGAGAGGUAUAAGCACGUGGAACGCUUGGCGGCAGAGGAGUUUGAGAGGGACCGCGUGCCCAGGUCACGCCCCGACCUGAGUUUGACCUUUAACCCAGUGGAAGCCUGGGCCCCCACCUCGUCCCGCAGCACCACCCCCUCCUCCCUGGCGUCUCAGGAUGAGGAACAGGACCAGGAACCAGAGGAACCAGACACAGAAACAGAUCUAGAACCAGAGGAGACUGAGACCCCUGUUACACCAUACACCCCCUCGGUGACUGAACAACUGAAGCCAGAGGACUUCACUGCCUGUCUAGAAGAGAAGGAGGCAGAAGAGGAAAGAGAAGAGCAGGACACAGAGGAAGUAAAGGAAGAAACAAAAGCAGGAAAAGAGGGAGAAGAAGAGGAGGUGCGAGAGGAGGAAGAGGUUUUAACAUCGCCGGAGAAGGAAGAGGAGAGGGAGGACGGCGAGGAGGACAGUGGGAUUCUGAGCGACAAGGAACGACAGAAUGAAGAAGUGAACGAGAAAGACAACUGCUCGGCCUCCAGUAUCUCCUCUGCCAGCAGUACCCUGGAAAGAGAGGAGAGGGGGAGCAAUGAGAACGGUCCGUGGACCCAGAGUGUUAAGGAGGUGGAUGUGAAUGAACAGUGCAGCAAAAUCCUCAACAGCAAACGCUUCAUGCUAGACAUGCUCUACUCCCAGAACAAGGAGCCCUGCGAGGAGGAAGAGGAGGAGGAGGAGAGGGGGAAGGAAAAAGGAGUAGGUGGAAAGGCCAACCAGGAAGCCGUUCAACCGUCUGACGAGGGAGAGGAGAGCACCCGGAAAACCGACUUCCCGGAAAAAAAGGAAUCUCACUCGAACGUCAGAGUGUUCGCUGAACGUUUCGGGGAUCUAGUAAAAGGACUGGGCUCGCCUCCCACCCCCCUCAAUAGCCCCUCUCAUGAGGCCGCCGUUGUAGAACAAGAGAAGCCCCCUCCACCUCCCCCUAAGAAGGAGUCAGAUACCAUCUGGGACCAACUCCUGGCCAGUCCUAGGGAGCUGCGCAUCGGAGACAUCGACUUCACAGACCUGAAAGAGGAAGACGAUCAAGACAUUCUGGAUGCCGGUCUGCUGGGAGGUUCAGAAUCCCUGUGUCCCCCUCCUCCCCCACCCCCUAACCCUUACCUCCCAUCCUGCCCCCCACCCCUGUUGGGUUGUCCACCACCACCCCCAAUGCCAGGGAUGAGAAGCAUGCCUCCUCCGCCCCCCUUCUGCUCCACGGCCCCCGCCCCUCCUUCAGAACCAGUCCAGAAGAGUAAGAAGACGAUCAGGUUGUUCUGGAGUGAGGUGCGUCCGUCAGACUACCAGUACAUUAGCAGCAGGAGCAGUGGAGACUCUCUGUGGUUCAAACUAGAGCCGGUCAAGAUAGACACAUCCAAACUAGAACACCUCUUCCAGACCAAGUCCAAGGAGAUACCUGUCACCAAGAAAACGGCAGCGGACGGUAAACGCCAGGAGGUCAUCGUUCUGGACUCCAAAAGGAGCAACGCCAUCAACAUCGGACUGACCGUCCUGCCUCCUCCUCGCACCAUCAAGACCGCCAUUCUCAACUUUGAUGAGUACGCACUCAACAAGGAGGGCAUCGAGAAAAUCUUGACGAUGAUCCCUUCGGAGGAGGAGAAGCAGAAGAUACAGGAAGCUCAGCUGGCCAACCCGGACGUCCCCCUGGGCUCAGCAGAACAGUUCCUCCUCACCCUGUCCUCCAUCAGCGAACUGUCAGCCAGACUACAGCUCUGGGCCUUCAAGAUGGACUACGAGGCUACAGAGAAGGAAGUGGCAGAGCCGCUGCAGGAUGUGAAGGAAGGGAUGGAGCAGCUGGAGAAGAACAAGACUCUGCGCUACAUCCUGUCUACGCUGCUUGCUAUAGGAAACUUCCUCAACGGCACCAAUGCCAAAGGCUUUGAGUUGAGUUACCUGGAAAAGGUUCCUGAGGUGAAGGACACGGUUCAUAAACAGUCUCUGCUGCACCAUGCCUGUUCCAUCGUGGUAGACAACUACCCUCAGAGUACUGACCUUUACUCUGAGAUAGGAGCUAUCACACGCUCUGCCAAGGUGGACUUUGACCAGCUGCAGGACAACCUGACCAUGAUGGAGCGCCGUUGCAAAGCAUCCUGGGACCAUCUGAAGGUGAUGGCCAAGCAUGAGAUGAAGCCCACGCUGAAACAGAAGAUGUCUGACUUCCUGAAGGACUGUGCUGAGAGAAUCAUUAUCCUGAAGAUAGUGCACCGCAGGAUUAUCAACAGGUUCCAUGCGUUCCUGCUGUACCUGGGCCACCCAGCCUACGGUGUGAGGGAGAUCAGUGUCCACCGGUUCAGUAAGAUCCUCAGUGAGUUUGCUCUGGAGUACCGGACCACACGCGACCGCGUCCUGCAACAGAAACAGAAACGAGCCGACCACCGCGAACGCAACAAGACCCGCGGGAAGAUGAUCAUGGACGUCAACGCACCCUCUGAUGAAGAAGAGGAAAUGGAGUCUGCAGGGCAGAAUGUUAGUGCCCCCGGUGGCAGGGUGGAGAGCUUGCAGCCUCAGGGUUUGGGCCAUGCUGAGGAUGCUGCAGAGCAUGAAUUCAUGAAGGCAGUACUGAAGACCAGCCUUCAGGGCGGCGACAGAGAGACAUCAGGGGUGCCGGGUCUACGCACACGUACCAGGUCACGGCCAGGCCGAGGGGGUCGUGUACAACAGGCACCGAUACCCCCCGCGGCGAUGGGAGUGGAGUCUCAGAGGUCAGGUGACGAUGAGGCUGAUGAGAUCAUGGAUCGCAUCGUGAGGUCAGCCACCCAGGGCCCCAGUCAGAGGGCAGUGCCCCGGGAGAGGAGGAGGUCAAGAGCUAACCGCAAAUCACUGAGACGGACACUGAAGAGCGGUCUGACGCCAGAAGAGGCCUUACUCCUCGGACUCUCCGACGCCGCCGAGAUGCCGGUGUGACAUCAUCGCCCCCCCGCCACGGCGAUUUGGAGCGCCAUGGAAACACACCCUGGAACACCUCCGUGACCCCCCGCAUGUCACGCUUCUGCCUUCACUUCGACCCCGCCCCCAGAACCCUCCGUCAGCCAAUCAGUAGCCUUGUUAGUAGCUUAUGUUGUACCGGUAGCGAAUCACGCGUUAGCUUCUUGUGUCUGUGGUUGAUAAUCUUUGUUGAGGUGUGUCUUCAGAAGCCCCUCAAGGAAAGGGUCAGGGAAUGAAGGAGAGAAAAGGGAGUGAAAAGGGAGAUAAUCUUUGGUUAGAAAUGUAUUUUGUGGAAAAAGUCUCAACAUGAUGGAAGUUGGUUGAAUGAGAAUGAAUCUUAACGUUUGUCAUUUUCAACAUGCCUCUCGAUUGGAGACUGAUUCAUCACGUUGAUAGGUUGAUUUUCAACAGGCCUCUUCGAUUGGAGACGGAUUCAUCACGUUGAUAGGUUGAUUUUCAACAGGCCUCUUCGAUUGGAGACGGAUUCAUCACGUUGAUAGGUUGAUUUUCAACAGGCCUCUUCGAUUGGAGACGGAUUCAUCACGUUGAUAGGUUGAUUUUCAACAGGCCUCUUCGAUUGGAGACGGAUUCUUCACGGUGAUAGGUUGAUUUUCAACAGGCCUCUUCGAUUGGAGACGGAUUCAUCACGUUGAUAGGUUGAUUUUCAACAGGCCUCUUCGAUUGGAGACGGAUUCUUCACGUUGAUAGGUUGAUUUUCAACAGGCCUCUUCGAUUGGAGACGGAUUCAUCACGUUGAUAGGUUGAUUUUGUAUUUAUAGAUUUUUGUUUAUUUAACUGUUACAGCCUAUAAAUAAAGAAACAAAGAAACAAAGAAACAAAGAAAGGGAGAAUAGAUGUUUGCUUGCUGCAAGCAAUGUGUUACUCAAGUACCUACAGUAGGCCUAUAACCUUUAAAAAAAAAAAAAUCAAGCUGUGAACUUCAGGGUUUAAGAACAGAAUAAA